GUCCGAUGCUACAGCAGAUUCACCCCGAGUAUGACAUUCCCGCUGGAGAGCAAGAAGACGGCCCAGAGCCGAUGAACGAGGAUGGAUCGCCUUUUUGUUUCCGGGCGGUUGCUCCUGUGGUCCUCUUUGGCAGGAAUGCACCCCCUCCUUCAAAAAGUGUGAUGCAGAUUCAGCCGAGCACCGUUAAAUUGACCCCCAAGCGAAAACGACUUUCUGAAGCUGCUGCCCCCCGGGCCCGCACUAAGACGAGGAAGAUUCUUGUCAAAAAGGUCCGGAAGGAAGCUGCGCCGUCCUCCCCUAAUCCAUCAUCUCCAGUCAUCAACCAGCCUGCCGUUGUAGAAGUCUCCAGCGGGGAGGAGCCCCCAUGCCAGAAAGGCUCAUCUUCGGAAGUGCCAGAGGAUGUGGAUGCGCCUAUCAGGGCCUUGAUCACUCUCCGUGAUCCCGGUGCAACAAUCUUGGAGGACCCUUCUGUAUCGGCUGUUGUCCCAGCUGCUUCGCCAAGUCUGCAGGCGCCGGUCGUGACUACAUCCCUCGUUGGCCCCUGUUUGAAGGAUCCUCUCCCGCCUCAGCUACUGCCGAUUCCCCUGCACGAGAGUUCGUUCCAGAACCCGCCGCAGAUCGUCCAGAUGUCCCUCGACUGA